GGAAAGUUAAACGCUAACAUUUAUUGCUGAAAUCCUUGUCAAUCAUGGGCGCUGGCCAGUCCAAAGCGGACACAGAAGAAAAGGUCUUUUACAACGAGACGCCCGUACAGUUCUCGCAGGAUGUUGUGAACCAUCUUUCAGAUCGCUCAAUAUCACCUGACACCUCGCCAGAACGGCAAUCCACACUUGAUGCCCACGUACGUGCUCGCAUACAGGCGGAGCUGCAGCAUCUACGAGCGGAAGAGGAAAGUGUGCAGAGGGAAAUUGAACUCGCUCUUGAAAGGGAGAACAUUGACCGGGAGAAGUCCUCGGCAGGCGGAGAGGUCGCCGAGGGCGAUGUCAAGAAUAGUAUGACGUUGAUGGGGGAUCUUGAAGAGAUUCGUACCAAGGUGGACAGAUUCCAGACCAGGAGACAGCUCAGCGAUUAUCCUGCGGUCAAGGAAAGCGGCGAAGCAGUGGUGUUAUGCUAUAGGUGAGCCUAUGUCACUUGUUUAUCCCGUCUGGAGAUCACUCAUUUGUCGCUCCCAUAGACAAAAUCCUACCGCGCCAUUGGACUGCUGGCGAGAAGUGAGGGAGUUUAACGCUAGUGUAGCUCAAGCAGAAUCGGUAGGCAAACUCAUUCUGACAUUCGGUUCUCAACUCACUGUCCUGCAUGCACCUACCAGCAACAUCUCGCUUCUCUUAGGUAGGUACCGUCAAGAGCGAAGAUUCACCACACUUCUAUCAUGGUCCAUGACGUGUUUUUUUCAUAGACUAGUAGUGU